AGGGUGUAGAGGGUGGUUGGGAAAUGCCCAGCGUUUCACAGAAAAUGUAAUAAAAUCCGGAAACCAGUGAAACAGUGCACAGCGAUUUGACUGAGCGCGCCCUGCCUUCACAUGACCUGCUGUCAAGAGGCGAAAGGGAGCUUGUGACCAAAACAUGAAGACCUCGAUGCUGCUGUUGUCUCUCUUAACCCACUUUGCAUUUCCAGUGAAACACUCCCUGAAGUAUGUGCUCACCUCUACUUACGGAAUCAAUCGUGUCCCACAGUUUUUCGGUGUGGCAAUGGUUGACGAAGUUCCGAUGGGUUAUUGUGACAGCAACAGACCAACCCCAGAAGCCAAAACGGACUGGUUGAAAAGAAUUUUCAAAGAGAAACCUAAGCACUUUGACUGGUACGUUGGCAGCUGUUUGGGUAACCAGCACACAUUCAAGGACACUAUGGACACCUUGAUGCAACGUUUUAACCAAACUGAAGGUGCCCACAUUUUCCAGAGGAUGAGUGGCUGUGAGUGGGACGAUGAGACUGGAGAGGUUAUAGGUUUUAUGCAUUACGGUUAUGAUGGAGAAGACUUCCUUGCAUUUGACCUGAAGACACUGACAUGGAUCGCUCCAAAACCACAGGCUGUCAUCACCAAACUGAGAUGGGAUGCUGAGAAAUCUAGAACAAAAUACAAUCAGAAUUACCUCGCUCAGAUUUGUCCUGAGUGGCUGAAGAUGUAUGUGGACUAUGGGAAGAGCGCUCUGAUGAGAACAGACCUUCCCUCAGUGUCUCUCCUCCAGAAGUCUCCCUCCUCUCCAGUCAGCUGCCACGCUACAGGUUUCUACCCUGACAGAGCCAUGAUGUUCUGGAGGAAAGAUGGAGAGGAGAUUCAUGAGGACGUGGACCACGGAGAGAUCCUCCCCAACCAUGAUGGAUCCUUCCAGAUGAGUGUUGACCUGGACCUUUCAUCAGUCCCACCUGAAGACUGGAGGAGGUACGACUGUGUGUUUCAUCUCUCUGGUGUGAAGGAUGACAUCAUCACCAAACUGGACAAAGCAGUGAUCAGGACCAACUGGGUUUCUCCAUCACAGUUUCCUGCUGGUGCUGUUAUUGGAGUUGUUGUAGGACUGCUGCUGCUGCUGACACUCUGCAUCACUGGACUCUGCAUCUGGAGAAGGAACAAUCAUGGAUUCAGACCUGCAAACACUUCAGACUGUUCAGCGUCACUGGACAAAAACUUGUCACCUAACUGAUCAAAGCUCCCAGUGAAGAUUAGAUAAAGACUCCAGUAAAGUUACUGUUGCAUCUAAAGUGUUAUUUCUUUUCUAAAAAGCAUUUUAUUCAAAUUUGCAUUUAUUCAAAUGUAUAUAUUUAUUUUAUUUAUUUGAUCAAAAUCAAACAAUGAGAUGUGAAGUUACAGAACCUGUCAGAACAUCACAGGAUGAGUCAAACUGCUCAAGUGUGAAUCUAUUUACACACCAAAGAACCAAAGAAGAUCAUUGAAGUGACAGUCAGAGCUGACAGAAGCAUAACUGUGAGGAAAAUCCUCCAGGAGUACAACAUCUGGAGAAAACUGAGGAUGCCAUACAGCUGCUUCUGCAGACUCUAUCUGGAACACUUAUCAGUGUUUUACCUUAUCUGGUUUAUAUCAUUAGUCAAGUCUUUAAUGUUGACCCAUAAGAAUUUGUAAAUUUGUUAAUAAUCUUGUUAUUGCAUCGGUUCCUCUGGAGAGUUAAUGACCUGUGUGGUUGGUAACUGAAAGUACAUUUACUCAAAUAUUGCAAUUCUGAGGAACUUUUACUUAAGUUAAACAUUUUCAUUCUAUGUUACUUCAUUCUUCCCCUCCACAACAUUUCACCAGAAAUAUUUUAUUUUCCUUUUUUUUUUAAAAAAAAAAUUAUAUUGUUACUUUACAGAUGAAGUAUUUUAAGAUAAGAUAGAACAUUGUGUCAUACAAAUCUGAUGAUAAUCUUAUUAAAUGUAGUGUUUUGGAUGUAAAGGCCCAGACACACCAAACUGACUUCAGAGAGCUAGCAGCAAUGAACACCCCCUGCUAUGUUGCCUGACGUGGCCAUGUCUUGACCAAAAAAGUUGCACUCCAACACAUUGCAAAGACGAUGGUCAACCAGCACAUAUGUUCAGCACCUCCACACCAGCAGUCUGUAAUCCUCAUUCAAAGAGGAGCUAAAGACUGUCUUGAUGCUAUUUAGCCAGUUAGCACAUUAACAAU